AUGCCAACUCCAAGCAAGGCGUCCGCCUCUGCUAAAGAGAAGGACCGGCGAAAAUCCUCCGGCAAAUCUUCGAAUCUCAUCACCCUGCGCGUCCCGUCUAUUAAGCUUAAGAAGCUUCUCGACCCAGCAUCCGUUAAGGAAGAGUCGCCCGUGAAGGAGUCUCCUACUCCGACUACCCUUCCUAGCGAGCCAGCUCCGGCCGUGUCAAAUGGCGACAAUGGUUCCGCGUCUAGUCCCGGUACCCCAGCUGCCGCGGGAACGCCGUCGCAGGUGUCCAUGGGACCCCCGACAGAGGCUCCCAAGAAGAAAGGCGUGAAGAGAAGUGCUGCUACGGCGAAUGGAUCUGACCCGACAGCUAAGAUUAGGGGCAAGCCUGGCCCCAAGAAGAAGCCCAGAUUGGAGGACGGCACUAUUGAUCCUAGUGGACGAGCCAACGGAGGCAACUAUCACAAACUCGGACCGAAGGCAAAUCAGGGCGCUAUCAACGCCGGACUUCGCGCACUUGAUCGCUCAGGUGCUCCCUGCCGGAAGUGGAACAGGGGUGGCUUCAGAGUCAAGAGCUUUACUGGUGUGAUCUGGGAGGUUCCUCGUUGGACCGCCCCGCCUAAACCUAAGCCCCAACCCAGCGCAGACGGGACUGCUGCCUCUGCCGAGAGCAGCAAUAAAGAAAACAAAGAGGGCAGUCAGUUAAAGAGCGAGAAUAGCAAUAGCCAUGUUGAUGGUGAACAGCAAAGCAUGCCACCAAGUGUUAACGCGAGCUCGCCGGCUCCUACACCUGUUGCCGCUGCUUCUUAG